CGGCCCGACAGUCAAAAUGUCCAGAGGGCCUGUCAUCCUCUGGCUGCUGAGGGAGCUGUGGUGGCUUUAUCUGACACCAGCUGCAGCGCAGACUAUCGUGACAGGAUACGUGGGCCAGUCGGUGACUUUGCCCUGCAUGUAUGCAUCGUGGUCUCAGGGCAGCCACAGCAUGUGCUGGGGCAAAGGCUCGUGUCCCAAAUCCAAAUGCAACGAUGAACUUCUCCACACUGAUGGGACAAGGGUGCUCUCCCGGAAGUCGGCAAAAUACCAGCUUCUGGGGAGUGUCUGGAGAGGCGACGUCUCCUUGACCAUCUUCAACACCAACGAAGGUGACAGCGCUGUGUACUGCUGCCGCAUAGAGGUGCCUGGCUGGUUCAAUGAUGUCAAGAAGAACAUUGUCCUGAGGCUAACGAGAGCCCCAACAACCACCCGGCGCCCAACCACCCGGCGCCCUACCACCCGGCGCCCCACCACCACCACCACCACCACCACCACUGCUAUGCCAACAACCACAACUGUGCUUCCAACAACAGUCAUGACUACACCUGACCUCACAACGAGAACACCACUUCAGACAAGAACCACCACUGCCCUCACAACAAUGACAACCACGUGCCCAUGGACAACACCAAGCUCCCUUCCUGAGGCAACCACCAUUCUUCUGACCACUGUGCCUUCCACCGAAGGGUCCACCCUCACUGCAGAAUCAGAAACCUCCCUUCUCCCUGAGGUAACUUCUGAAGACAGUUCUUUAUUAACACCCAAAGGAAAAAUAGACAGUUCCUCUCCUUUUUCCUUCCCAGCCCCUGAGACAACAAGUCUUGUGGAAAAUGAAGUUGAACCAGAACAGUUGAACGAGGUGGACAGCUCCUUCCUUGCGAAGAUCAUUGCUCCCUCCCUGGGAUUUGUGCUGGUUGCAUUGAUUGUAGCGCUUCUACUUCGAGGGAAAGUCAUGAAAACCAAUUGCUUCCAGAAACACACAAGGCUACACAACGUUGGAGAAAGUAAAAAUGUCCUGGAUGACCCACAGCAUGGAAGAGAAGAUGAAGAUGGCCUUUUCACACUAUAACGUGCCACUUUUUUUUAGAAUGGAGGACAGGGGCAGGAUGUGGGAAUUGUCACAAUAAGUUUUAGAAUGUUUGUUUGUUUGCUUUUAAAGCCCCGUCUAUUCCGUUGGUGUCAUUGAGCCAGUCUUGCUUUAGUUUCACAAGUGGAAGGUCCUUGAGAGACCACACCUUCUCUGCCCAGCGCUUUAUCUCCUUCCCAGCAUCACUGCCAAGUGAUCUUGCACACUAUGCUUGAACAUUUUCAGUGAUGAUGAGCUCACUGCCACACCCAGGGGAGCCCAUGCAAUCGCAGGGCAGUUCUGAGACUUAGAAAUAAGUAAAGCGAAGUCUCUCUCUAGACAGCAUCCGCCUGUCAGUCCUCAUGGAACUCAUGGUGCUCACACAGAACAUGUCUAAUCUCUCCUUUACCUGGUAGUGCUCCAGGUACACCAGACCCUAUGUCCCUGGAAAUUACCUUGUUUCUGGGACAUGAUUUCUGGCCCCUCCCCUUCCCGUAGUUGCCUUCGCUGUGGAUGCAUUUGUAUCUCUCCUUCUGUGCCCAACUGUCAGAGUUGCGUGCCCCACUCCAGGGAUGGUGUGAGCAGCCCUGGGUCUAUGCUUCAUCAAUAAUGCAGGAACUGACGUCAUCUCCAAAACUCCUUGGUUUUCUAUUAUUUUCUGUUUACAUUUGAGUGUCGUUAGGGGUGACCAUGGUGUCACAUCUUAAUUCUUGCUUGGGGAAUUUAAUUUGGGGAACAAUCAAGAGUCCAUCAGAGCAAAAUGCAGUGAGUGACGUGGCCAUUCAACGAGGGCCAACGGGUGAUCUGACUGUAAGGCAACCCAGAUUAAACACAGUUUGUGGAAAUGU